AUGUGGCGUCUAGCCAGUUACAUCUAUCGUACUUUUCGAAACGUAGCUCAUCAUCGUUGUGCACAAGAUAUUAUUGUUCCAGUAACAACUGUUCGUAAGACAGAUGAUGAAUCAAAUUACGAAGAAAAGCAAGAAAGUUUAACUAAUAAUAAAAUUGAUAUUGAUCAUAUAAUAAAAAAUAAUCAAUUUACAUUUCAAAAUUUUGAAAAAUUGCAAGAAUAUUUAUUUAAAACUUCACUUCAACAGCUAAUACUAAAACUACAUGUUAUCAAACCUAUUGAACUCCCUAAAACUAAAUCUAUCGUCGAAGAAGUUCAAACAUCAUCAACUUCUUCGACUCAACAAGAAGAAAGUCUUGAUUCAUUGUUUCAAGCAGAUGAAAAUUGUAUGAAAACUUUGAAAAAUCUAUCCGAAUUAAAUGAAGAAACAACGUCGAUUAUAAAUAAUCAAUCAGCUAUCGAAGCAUUUGAAGCUGGAGAUGUACAAUUGGGUAUUGAAACUCUUCAAACGAGUGCAAAAUAUGGAACAAAUUCCGCAGCAUUAUAUAAUUUAGGUAUUUGUUAUGAAAGAGGUAUUGGUGUUGAAAAAGAUCGUACUAAAGCAUGUGAUUAUUAUCGUCAAGCAUCCAUGUUAGGUCAUAGUGAUGCAUUCUUUAAUUUAACAUUUCUUUCAAAUCAUAUUGACACUAAUGAUAAUGAUGAUGAAGAUCAAGAAGAAAAUUUUAGUAAUGAAUCCAAUUUAUUUCCUUUUUCAUUUACAAAACUAUGUAAAGAAGAACAAUCACAAUCAUGGAGUGAUUAUCAAUUAAGUUUAACCAAAACUCUUGCUUGUUUAUCGUAG